CUACUGAAACACACCAAUGCAAAAGGACGCGCUCAGCUUUUCGCUUUUACUCAUAAACCCCGGAUUUUUUUAUGCUUUUAACUGCACUAGGAGUUUUCCUUUCUUCAUUUUUUACGCGUGUCCUUAAAAUUGCGACUCAAUAUUCGAUUAAAACACGCCGAGCAUGUACCUUGAACAAACAAGUAAAGCCAUAAAGAUCAAAGGUCAAAAUUCCGCAGACUUUUCCUGCCUCUUCGUUUUGACGCACGCAACGAAUUGUCAACAGAUUACACAACAUAGCUUUUCUAACAAGAGCGGGUCGCCCCUCUGAGAAACGACCAGAUCAGGACAAAUACUUUUUUUAGCGUCUUAGCACGUGUUGGUAGCGAAAUGGCAGAGGCUAUACUCGGAGAUCAAGACCAGUACAGCUGCUCGAUAUGUUUGGACUUAUUGAAGGAUCCCGUGACAAUUCCGUGCGGACAUAGUUACUGCAUGAGCUGUAUCAAUGAGUGCUGGAGUACGAAUGAUCAGGAAGGGAUCUAUAGAUGUCCACAAUGCAGACAGACCUUCGAUUCAAAGCCUCCGCUCAACAGAAGUACAGUGCUUGCUGAAAUAAUGGAGAAACUGAGGAGCACAGGGCUGUCGGAGUCUGCUCAAUGUCUUGCUGGACCUGGAGAGAUUGCGUGUGAUUUCUGUUCCGGAGAGAGGAUCAAAGCUGUCAAGUCUUGUCUGGAGUGUAGAGCUUCUUAUUGUGAAAUACAUGUACAGCCCCACUAUAAUGUUCCUGCCCUGAAGAAACACAAGCUGGUGAAAGCUGCAGUCAUUCCAGUGUGCCCCAAACACGACAAGCUCCUCGAGGUUUACUGUCGAACCGACCACAAAUGUGUCUGCAUGCACUGUUUACUGGAUGACCACAAGGGCCACGACACCGUACCGUCUACAACAGAGCGCAACGAGAAACAGAUAAAACUCACACAGUCUCAGACAAAAGUCAAGAAGACAGUUCAGGCAAAAGAACAAGAGCUGCAGAUGAUGAAAAUAGACAUCGCGUCUCAUUCAGAUUCUGCAAAGAAGGCAGUGGAGAACAGUAAAAAAAUGUUUAGUGAAUUAGUGAAACUUAUUGAGAAAAAAAGCAAUGAGGUGAUUGAAGAAAUAAAAGCUCAGGAAAAGGCUGAUCUGGAUCAAGGCACGAAGCUACAAAAGAAGUUGGAGGAGGACAUUACUGAGCUAAAGAAGAGAGAUAGAGUUCUAGACGAUCUUCUACAGGCAGACGACAUUCAGUUUCUUCAGAAUUAUAAAUCUGUGUCCUCUUCAUCUGGUUCUGAUGAGUUGCGAAGUUUCUCAUUUCAGCCACACUGCUCUUUUGAGGACGUAAGAAAACUUAUAUCUGAACUUACUGGGAAACUUGAAACUACUUGCACACAGGAAAUAAGCAAAACGAUUCAUAAAGUUUCAGAUUUGUCUGCAAAGGGGCCUUCGUUUGACAUUGUAGUUGGAGACAGUGUCCGCGUGAAGCCAUCUGUUGUAACUCCAAUACACAAAUGGGGAUCGGUUACUUACUUGAGUGUUGGUGUUGUUAAAAAAAUUCAGGGCGACUUGUUGACUGUCGAUUUCCCUGAACAAAAAAACUGGACUGGUGCAGUUUCAGAAAUGGAGCGUGCUGGUUCAGAUUUGUCAACCAAAAAUGGUCUAUUUGACAUGAGUGUUGGAGACAGAGUCAGAGUGAAGCCUUCCAUUACCACCCCAAAACAUAACUGGGGUAGAAACGUCACUCAUAAGAGUGUGGGUGUGCUAAAAGACAUUAAAGAUGAUGGAAGUGUGGUUGUUGACUUCCCUGGACAUGCAAACUGGAAAGGACUUCUCGCUGAAAUGGAGCUAGUUACUAAUAAUGAUGAGAUUGGACCUUCAAGUCUGGAUUCCAAUAUUAAGAUCGGAGACACAGUUCGUGUGAAGCCGUCUGUUGUUACUCCAACCCACAAAUGGGGAGCAGUCACUCACAAAAGCAUUGGUGUUGUUAGAAAAAUUCAGGACGACUCUUUGACUGUAGAUUUCUCCGAGCAGAAAAACUGGACUGGUAUCGUUUCAGAAAUGGAGGUUGUGGCCAGUGCUGGUUCAGGAUCUUCAUGUUUGGACUCUGUUAUUAAGAUCGGCGACCAAGUUCGUGUGAAACCAUCUGUUGUUACACCCACACACAAAUGGGGAGCAGUCACUCACAAAAGCAUUGGCGUUGUUCAAAAAAUUCAUGAUGAGUCUUUGAUUGUGGAUUUUCCUGAGCAUAAACAAUGGACUGGUUUAGUUUCAGAAAUGGAGCUUGUGACCGGUGCUGAUUUAGUUGACAUUAAGGUUGGAGACAGAGUCAGAGUGAAGUCGUCCAUAAUUACUCCAAAACAUAACUGGGGUGGAUAUGUAACGCACAAGAGUGUUGGUGUUGUAAAAGAUAUCAAAUCUGAGGAUGUGAUUGUGGAUUUUCCUUAUCACAAAAGUUGGAAAGGCAUUCUCUCAGAGAUGGAGUUGGUAAUCGGCUCAGAUGCUGACAUUUUGGGAUCCUCCUAGACUGUGGAUGUCUCUUUUGUUUUGUGAAUGAAUUUCAAUCACUGAAACUUGCCCUUUGUUUUUAUUUCUAAGUUUGUAGUUAUGUGAAAGGGAAAUAUUACAUACACUUUUGGAUUCCUUCUACGGUUUUCCUUUUGGUGUCCUUCACAGCUCAGGAGAGUUAUUUAAUUCAGAUGUUUCAGAUUCAUUUGCAAUAGCAAACCACUCAAUUUGACUCAUGUAUGAUUGCAUUUUGUAAAAAAUCAUUCAAAAAUAAUAAUGUAUACAGUAUACACAAAUGUAUAUUUUGCUAAUAAAAUAUUCAUUUUUGCUUUUUGAAUGAAUUAAACUGUUCUGAUAUUCAA